AUGUAAAAUAUAAACAUUUAUUAUAGAUCAGAAUUUCAAAAUGAAUUGUUAGUCUGUUAAUAAAUGAAUAAUACAAAAGGAUUUUACCAUUUGCCAUAUGCAGCAGCAAACUUCCUGAUAUCAGGAUGUCAGGUUCUCAUUUGCAAAAUGGAGAAGCAGGUUUUCUACCACUGGGAUGCCAGCUUCUCCGCAGAAGACAUUCCUUUCGGCACUAAGGUGCCAGGUGCUCUGUGUCUAUCCCUCAUUUGCAAAUCCAGAAAUUAACUUUUAUAGCACUGGAUUGGCAGCUUCUGCCAUCAAUCAUUUGCACCCUAUUGAUCAGUUAACAUGAACUGCGAGGCUGCUACAGGGUUAGAUGCGCAAAACUGACUUCACUGUAAAAACAAUAGAAAAGGAUUGUUUUGUUUCAUUUCAGACAUACAAGUACAGUUUUUGUCAAAACUAAAUAUUUUUUAUCCCAAAGCAGGAAGAUAUCCACCUUCACCUUCCUAACAUGGGUGUACUGUAGUACUGUUACUAUGACAGUUCAUUAAGGCUUAAUUAUGCCUGCCUAAUCAAGCAGGUAAGUUGAAGCCAAGUGUAAACACGGAGACAGAAUACGUAGACCGAGCUGAGGAAAUACACCUGAAGACAAUUUGUCCUACAGUGUGAGCAGGUAGAUAAAUCCUAGGAUGAGUUUUGGGCUAGAAGGCUGUAACUGUAGCAGAGGUCAAACCUGAGUAGGAUCCUGUCCAGUUUUUUCUCUCUCAGUGAGAGACGCAAAGGAAACAAGAGGCCUGGGAACUGUGGAUGAGCCUCACCUGAAACAAAAGAACAGGGCCUACAGGCGUGGUUUAUAUUAAUGGUCACCAAGAAGAAGUUAACCGGCCUUUGCCUUGAAGUUCCACGACAGUGAAAAACUUUACUUUCAGCACGAGAUAGUAAAAGACUGAGUAAUUGUAUGUACAUGUUUGAUAUGACAUAUGAUAUUUGCAUAACUAAUUUAUCACAGUUAUGCAGACAGAAAAAAACUGUAUAAUCGUUCCACCCUGGAAAACGAACAGCUUGAGAAAUCAUUAAAAGGCCUAUCAAAGCCAUUAUAUUCAUACCUGUGUGUAUGCAAUCCUGUGACUGUCAGUUGAGACAACAUGGUGAUAACAUAACCUUCUUCAUAAGGUUAUGAAGUGGGCUUGAUUGUACGAGUGGUUGAAGCCCGUCCACUCACCCUGUGGGGGAGGACGAGCCGAUUAUCUGCCAGCUGAGUAUGGAUGAGGUUUGAAAGUUUCAUAUUGGCUUCACUGUGCUGCAGGAGACCUGCAGUGAUGGAAGGUGUCAGCUGUGUCACUGUGUGGUGGGGACGAACAGGAGAGCUGCUGCUGCUUUGGAUUUCCAUCACAGCCUCCUUUUCCUCUCUCCCUGCCAGUCCAGAUGUCAGUCACCCCCCCUUCUUGGCAGUUUCUCCCUCUGUCCCAAGCAGAGCUGGGCCCUCUUUUCUCCAACUUUAGCCCUUUUGCCUUUUCUCAGAGUAUGUUCAUGCUGCCUCCGACAGGGUGGGCUACCAAGCCCGGCCUCAGGGCUUCAUUUGGCCCUCACUCUGUGACACAGCUUUUAUCAGAGUCCGUCCUCCCUGCCUCUCCCCCUCUAUCUGCCUCCCUUCUCUCAGAGAGCGUGGAAAUAGAGCGGGAUAAGAGAGGUCAGGAGAGGUUCAGGGUGAGGGUACUGUUUCACAAGCGAGGCAACAUCAGUUCUGAUCUUCGGACCUGCAUCACUCUACUGGCUUUCAAGGAGACAGAGGAGCACAAGGCCUCCUGUAUCACACAGCCGCCUCUAGGUUUGUGUGUGGUAACUCUGACACUGCCCAGUUCCUGGUACAGCAAUCCACUUGUCAACCAGUCGCAUCCAUGGUACAGUAAUACCCGCCAUACACAUCAAUGGAUGCAGAAGCGAAAAUGGCAACGGAGCAUACGCCGUCACGGCAACCACCAGCAAGCAACUGCGCAGUUUCUGAGAUACCAUCCAAAUAUAGAUGGGGACAUGGAUGGUCCACGGGCCCGCAGAAACCAACGGGGUCCCAUGAAAAACCAAAUACAGCUGUACUACUCAGUGGCGGACCUACAGAUGACAUCAGCAGG